AGAGGCAGGGAGCGAGAGUUGACAGCUUAAGGUUUUGUAAUAGCUGAUGCAGGAAAAGAGGAACCUCGCUGCCUAAGGAAGUGGUUAAUAGACAGCUACAAGUGCCAGACGCUAUUCUGGUUGCAAAGCAGGAAAUGACUCCGGAGACUGAGUAUUUCAAGGAAAAUAUCAAGGAGAUGACUUCCGAUAUCCCUCCAGAAGAGGCAAGAAGUAGUGGAGCGAGGUAGGGUGUGGCAAAGAAAGGUACUCAAUACUUGGUUCACCAGUGGUGCUGUAGGACACAGCUGCUGAGCAAAGGCAGAGGUUUUGGUUUCUUCUCUUCCAUUUGGGGCUGGCUGGUCGUGCCCUUGAGAGUGAGAGUGUGAAGAACAACUUUUCCCUCUGGAAGGUGCUGAAGGAGCAGAACUGAGCGGACAAUCUAAACGGUUAGGGAGCUGCUGGCGGAUGGGGCGGAGUUAGAUAGGGAGAGGAGGGACUUCCGGUGCGCUCCUCGGCCCAGUUUCCGGUGUCCAGCGGCCGCUUGCCUGGCGCCCUGGGCUGGUCUCGAGGACGCUGCGGACGGCGAGGCUGUGCUGACUUUCCUGGUAGCGGGGCCUUUGGUGAGGACGGCGUGCGGAGCAGGGGGAAUGAAAGAUGGCAGCACGCCGUGCGUUAAAAGCUGUUUUGGUGGAUCUCAAUGGCACACUUCACAUUGAAGAUGCAGCUGUGCCAGGCGCACAGGAAGCUCUUAAAAGGUUACGUGGUACUUCUGUAAUGGUUAGGUUUGUGACCAAUACAACCAAAGAGAGCAAGCAAGACCUAUUGGAAAGGUUGAAAAAAUUGGAGUUUGAUAUCUCUGAAGAUGAAAUAUUCACUUCUCUGACUGCAGCCAGAAAUUUAGUAGAGCAGAAACAGGUUCGACCCAUGCUGCUAGUAGAUGACCGGGCACUACCUGAUUUCAAAGGAAUACAAACAAGCGAUCCUAACGCUGUGGUCAUAGGACUGGCACCAGAACAUUUCCAUUAUCAAAUUCUGAAUCAAGCAUUCCGGUUACUCCUGGACGGGGCACCUCUGAUCGCAAUCCACAAGGCCAGGUAUUACAAGAGGAAAGAUGGCCUGGCCCUGGGGCCUGGACCGUUCGUGAUGGCUUUAGAGUAUGCCACAGACACCAAAGCCACAGUAGUGGGAAAACCAGAGAAAACGUUCUUUCUGGAAGCAUUGCGGGGCACUGGCUGUGAACCUGAGGAGGCCGUGAUGAUAGGAGACGAUUGCAGGGAUGACGUUGGUGGGGCUCAGAAUGUCGGCAUGCUGGGUAUCUUAGUAAAAACUGGGAAAUAUCGAGCAGCAGAUGAAGAAAAAAUUAAUCCACCUCCUUACUUAACUUGUGAGAGCUUCCCUCAUGCUGUGGACCACAUCCUGCAGCAUCUACUGUGAUCCUUUAUGUGAAUCAGAAGCAACUCUGGAAUGAAUCCCUCCCCAGCUCCACGCCCGCAUAGAUAGACAUGGACCAACCCUCCUCUAUUGUGCAUUAAUUAGAAAGAAAGGUAUUGAAUUGCAGCCAGCCACUGAGCCUUGCUUAUCCCUUUUGUUUUAUUUUGUAAAAGAAGAUGAGACCCAGAGAAAGGGAAAGCUGAGAUUUUAUGUCAUUCCUUUUAAAAUAUUCAUCAGGCUAGGCAGGGCUGGGAGGGGGACUCUCCUGCAGGGAGUCGUGUUCUCUGCUGUCUCCUCACUGGCACAUUGGGAGGGGGGAGUGUUCAGAUUGUGAAUAAAAGUGAAUGGCAUUUUUUAAAUUAUAAAAUAGUGUGUCAAAAAGUGUGUCGGGCUAUAGUUUUAACAUUGAGCUCAGCUGCGAAAUCCAUCAGAAGUGCCAAGUGGAGUACAAGUCAGAAGAAGCAAAAUAAAUUGUCCUUUAGCCCAAGUGAUCAAGUGAAUUUGCUUUAACGGAUGUUGAAAACUAGAUUAUCUCCUGUAUUAUUCCCAGCACGGGUGACUUCUUUUUCUCUUCAUUAGCCAGAGAUGACUAAUUUAAAUUUAGAACCUGAUUUUAAUUUAAAAUAAUAUUUCCAUUAAUAACCUAUUCAUUGCAGAUACCUAUUAUACUGUGUAACAGUUGUUUUGGAAAUUUUAUGUAAAAUUAAAACUAUCAGUAUUUUACAGAUGUUUUAAUUAGACAUUGUUAUUAACAGGAACAGUGCAGAAACUAAAAUCAAGCCUUUAAUGUCUUAUAGACCAUGCAUUUUUGAAGUUAGUGUCCACCAGGGUCCUAUUAACUGUACAUUUGCAAGAUUUCAUUAUUUUUGCCUCUGACACUAUGGGAAAAAUCUUUUAGAAGCUAUUGGGACAGAUUCAAGCUUUUAUGUACUUGGUUACUACAGCUGUAAAAUGAAAUCUCGUCUUGUAGCAUGGAUUAUUCUUUUCAUGUUAAGCCCACCAAAAUGAAGGGGACUAAGUAGGUAAUGAUUUUCCUAGUGCAUUUGCAUACUGUGAUAAUCCUGGGCCUUUGCAAUUGUUUUACAGGGCUCUUGGGCAUUGAAUUAUUAGCAUGUAAUUGUACAUCAUUGUGGUGUUCACCUUAUUGAAGCACACACUGAUGUUAAUGAGUUUCGGGCUUUGAUGCUUGUUUAGAGAUCAGCUUGGUCUUGGAUGGGAGGGAGCAAAGCUAAAUAAAUGGCAGCUCCCUCUCCUUUCGGUGGUUUGGCGAUCACUCUGUUCUUGUUUCUGCAGAUGCCCCGACCUAGUACUUAAACGUCCUAGAGUGCAAAGCACAUGUGCUGGGCCUGCCGCCCCAGAUCGGAGGCGUGAGUGGAAUGGCCAGGAGCAGAGGUUCGGGGGCCUAGCCAGCAGUUAACGAGCUGGGUCCGUGGGCAAGUCACCUAGACUUGUCUGUGAAGUGGAGACAGUGCCAGCACCCACCACUUAGGCUUGUUGUGGGGGUGAAACGCCUGACCGGUGUAUUGAGUAGAAUCGGACAGAUGCUGAGUGCUGUGUGGUUUCGGCGCUGACGAUGACGCAGGUGUAGCAGGACUGUCCACACCGGGUAAUCUGGUAAGGGUUGAUAGAAUUCACCUCUACAGUUGGUUCAAUGGGGAAAGUCUUCCUGAGGAUUCAAAAAGAGAGAGACAUUCUAUUCCGUCUAAACCACACGCGCAGAGGCACAGAGAGAGCCGCUCAGCAGCAGGUAGAGUGUGCUGCCCGGUACCUGGGCGAUGUGCUGUAUUCAACCUCGGCCUGUUACCUGGGUCCCUGGGUGAGUGAUUCGUUGACCCAGGCACCAUCGAGUGUUUGCUGGGUGCUACGUGCUAAGUGCCGUGCUAGGAAAUAAUCACGUGUAUAAGACAAGGAUUUUGCCCUGAGGAAACUUCCUCGUGGAGGAGCUAGGGAGAACAUACAAGACCUUGUUCGGACUCCAGUGGCCCUCCUCUCUGAUGUCCGCCUGACUGCAGGUGGAAUGAGGCAUUCCCUCCUCCUUGCCCUCAUACCACUUGUUAGAUUAUAUGUUGGUCCUCACAUGUCCCUUCUGCCCACCAGACAGGACUGGGUCUCAUUCUUUAUUGUAUCUCCUGCAACACAGGCACUCAGAUGGUUACGGAACCAGUACAAACCAGCUGUAAAUAUUAUAGGAAUUUAAUGUUGGGACAUACAGCUAUGAGUAGAGAGGAGAAAAUAAGUCUCAUUUUAGACUCAUUGCCUAUGGGGGAGGUCCCAUCAGACACUUGGAAAUAGUGGAUCUGAUGCUCUGGAGACAGACUAGAGCUAAAGCAAAGAAGUAGACAUCACUGAUGGGUCAGGGAUCAAACAGAAUGACAGGAAUGGAUAAGACCAUGUGAGCAUAAGGCCCCCAGCCAAGAGAAAUGGCUUCCUUCUUCCAUUCUAGUUUGGCCGUAUAGGCCAUUAAAAUCUUUGUUUGAUGUUUUAUUUAUUUAACAAACAUUAUAUAGGGUUUGUUGACUGACCUGUCCAUAGGGAGGUUCGUGAGGGUAAAUAAAACUCUUAUUUUAGACCUGGGUUACUGUAAACAUUCCCAGCACAGCGGGGUGGUCUGCCUUGGAGGAGAUGUAAUAACUGACGUAUCUAAAAGACCUCUUUUUCCAGCCAUCCCAUUUAAAGAGCUACCCCAUGGUAUAUGACCUCAAAGACAGUGUUUGCAUCAGCUUUACUGUAAUCCUCUCCUAGGCCCAUUUGGGGACUGGAAAAGGUAGUAGAGAACACCCACUGUCAGGGGAGGAUUACUGAGCUUCUGCUGUCAGCCAGGUGCAUGCCAGGUGUGGAAGAGGGCAGAGCAGUCUGGUGGUGGACACGGACAGCUGCCCCACUACCUCUCUCCGUACCUCCAGAAUCAGCUGGUCUCACCGUAGCUCUUCCUGCCCACCAUUGUACAUCUGUCCGAGCCACCAAACACCUGUAGCCCUGGAUGUCAGGAAUGCCCUUGGAAGGAUAGUGCCAUCACCUCACCCUUAACCCCACAUUCAAAAAUUGUUGUACCGCGUUAGACCCGAAAGUCACCACACCUUACACGGGUUGUGUUCAUUUAGUUUGCAUUCAGUGGUUGUUCGCGUAGCAUGGAACUGAAAUCCUUGGGCCCUUACAGUAAAGAAUUUUUAAAACUGCACUCAUCUAUUUCACUGAAAUACCCUGCCUUAAAGGGAUAAAAAAAAUCCCUUUUUAAUAUUGGCAGUUGCUUGCAUAAACCCAUGUUUGCAUUAUCAGUUUCCUUUGACUUGCCAUAAAAACUCUUCUUCAGCACAAACACAUAGGACCUUUGCUGACCUUCUGUUAUGUCAGCCAUCAAGGCCUAGUACCCCAAAGCAUGCUCUCUUUAGGGGACAACCAGAGCAAGCACGAGAGCACCAGAAAUCAUUUAUCGUUUACAUUAUGUGUUAAAAUCAAACAAUUUUAAAUACCUUUUGUCAGUGCUUACCUUCAUGUCCUACACAUCUCAACUUCUCUUUGGUUAAUGUGCCUGAGGAAACCAAAUUAUUAAAUGCCAACUGUGGAUAAAGUACAAAGGAAGACAGUAGAAGGUAGCUCCCAAUUCCUAAGAUGCAUGUCUUCUAGUUGGGAAACGGAAGCAUAUAAAAAUACAUUGAACUGUCCCAAGGGCUGUGACAAGUUCAAGAUAUUUUGUAGAAGUCCUCUCGUAGAAGAGGUCAUGUGCAGUGAGCUAAGUGCCUUGGGACAGUAAUCACAGCUUCUAGCCUGUAAAGCAGAUACAGUGCUCAUUUUAAAGAACAUUUUGUUCAUUCAAUAACAAUGAAAAAAGUACCACAACCAUAGGGCUAACACAAUAAAACCUACACACCUACGUAAUACAAUACAUCUAUGGCUAAGUGAUGAAGAAGAAGAGGGAGGGAGUAAUUUUAGAUAAGUAGAGCCCAUCUGGGAAGGCUUCUGAUGGUGACCCGAAUGAAAUGUGGGGACAAGCCGUGAAUUCUAAAGGUAGAUAGUUAACCUUAGUUGCUGACAUCUGAAGAUCAGGGGAUCUCAAAUGCAGAUCGAUGACCACUGGUUUUCCUAGGAAGAUUGGAAGACGUGGCAAUGUUGGGUCCAGAUUUCUGGGUUCAGUGGGAGCUGCACCAUUGCUGUGUCAUUCAGAUAGUCUCACUCUCUCCAUUACAGUUCCCACCUCUUCCUUAUCUUCCACCCAGCUUACUUUACCCAUAUGUUACUGUGUUCUGAGUUCCUAUAGGCAUUGUGACUUCUGCGUUGGGAGAAAAUACCACAUGUCGGAUUAAGUUAAAUUUUCCUCCCAGGCCAGGCUCCUAUAUCCUUAUAAACUUGGAUACACUUCUAAUAUACUUUUGAAAUAAUAAGAGACUCUAAACAUAAAUUAGUCGUGUGUCUUAGUUGGUCUCUCUAUCUCAGAGCCCCACUAAAAAUGAAAGUUAAGGGAUAAGGAAGGUAUAAACUCACAAGGACAGCCCACAAGAAGAGAUACCAGUGGAUGAGAGGGUAUAGUAAUUUGAAGGAUGGAAAAUAGAUGGGUUGCUGAUAACUAAAAUCAGUGCAAAGAAAGGCAAUCAAAAGUCAUCCUGUAGAACCUCAAAGAUCCAAGGCUUGGAGACACUAGGUAGAGAGGAGAUGAGGUGUGAGGGUUGAGAAGCAAGGAAUUAGUUUGAAGCUGGUAAACAAAGUGAUUGGAGCCCCAGGAAAGCCUCCCCACUCUGAGCAUCCAGAUGAGAACCCCAGCCACGCCAGGAGAAUGGAAGUUUAUCUCUGGAAGGGUGGACCGAGGAAAGUUAAGGCCUUAAGGAUAGUGGGCUGGGUGUGGGGGUGAGCCAGGGUGAGCGACGGGACCAGGUACAUCUCUGCUUAUUCUAUAAUGGUUCCCUGGUUCUUUUCCCCUUACAACUCUAGGACCAGAGCAUAUGUGGAUGGAAUCAAAAGUUGAUCUGAUAUGUGGCCAUUUGGAAACAAAUACUGCUAGGUAUCUGACAAGAUCAGACAGAUAGGAGCAUG